GCGACUCAGCAGCAGCCCAUGGUGCCGCAGCACUCGAAUCUAAUCCGAACGGAUCAAGUUCAGAAACUCCCUCAUUUGAAUGAUCAGCAAAAGGCACAGCAUACUCAGUUGGUUCGAAACCUGUGGGAACUUCUCAACGGCCGCGAUCCGCAGACUUCGGAGUACCAGCAGGCUCAUGCACGGCUCGCCCAAAUCUCCCAGACCCUCAUGAAAGGCAUGCGCGCCUUUCAACAGAGUCGCCAGCUCCAGCAUCAGCAAAUGCAAGCAACAAACCCGGCGCAGCCGGGGCAACCGGGCCAGCCGGGCCAGCCAGUACAACGGACGCAGUCUGUGAACCCUCAGACCUUCAAUCAACUCCUCCCGCAAAUCCAGCAGAAAGUCAACAGUCUGCAGUUCUUUCUCCCUCCCAAUAUCAGCAACGAACAGGCGCAGACGUGGCUGCCCGAGGCCAAGCUUCGCUAUGGGAUCGCUUUACAGAAGCAGGAGAUCGGACGGGUUCGCAUCGCGGAUAUCCGUCAACAAUUCACCCAACGCCAGGGCGCGGGAAAUAUGACACAGGAAGAGGUGGGAGAAUUCAAGAGCCGCCAGUUGGCGGCAGAGAAGCUGUACCGUGAGGGGAGCGACUUCCUCUCUAAGUUCAAAGAACAGCAAGAAUCAUUCAAGGCACAGCAACAGAGGGCUGGCGUUCAGCAGCAUGUUUCUGCUCAGCAACAUCCUCAACCAGGAACAGCGCCGCCGCCGGCGCCGACUGGCCCGAGCCCAGCUCCAGCAAGUGUUCCUGGACAAAUUCACCCUGGACAAGCUCCCACCCCCGCCCCACACACCAUCAACUCGGCCGUCAACGCUGCGCGCAACCAGGCUGGACAUACCGCGAUGUCUCCAUCUACUUCUCAACCAGGUCAGGCACCCACUGUUCCCGGUCCCGGUCCCGCACCUGCCGUUGGCCCUGUUCCUCAGCAACCACCCACCCAGCAACCGCCUCUUCCACAACAAAUCCCACCUCCGGUUCAGCAGCAGCCAGGGCCACCUGGCUCACAGGUACCUUUCAAUCCGGUCCCAGGUCCUGUCCCGGACGUUUCCACCCCUACCCCGACAUCUCAGACAAUGAUCCAGGGACCGCCCCGCCCGUUGUCGCAGCAGGCUGCUAUGGCCCAGGCUGCUCAGAACUACUCCAACAACAACAUGAACACCAACAACGUGCCUCAGCAGCAGAACAUGAAUCAAGCAGCUGCCAAUCCUCACGCACAUCCGCAAGGUUACAACUCCAACCGUUCUACCGAAAACCCAGCACGUACACACACUAUGCCCAUCCCCAAAAACCUGAAUGUGCCCACCCCAGAACCAGUGAACAUGGCACCGGCGCGCCCUACGCUGUCUGGCGGUCCGAGCCACGCGGCGGUAGGCGUGAUGAACCAGCCUGCGAUUCAAAAGCACCCUGGAUAUGUCCUUGAGGGUGAGGGUCAGAGAGUAUUGAGCAAGAAGAUGCUCGAUAUCCUGGUUCGCCAAGUCACUGGUGGUGGAGAGGGUGAAGGCUUGACUCCAGAUGCAGAAGAGUUCAUCCUCCAGAUGGCAGACGACUUUGUGGACGACGUCGUCACCUCCGCAUGCCGGAUCGCCAAGCUGCGACCCUCUUCAACCCUGGAGAUCCGCGAUCUGCAGCUCGUCCUUGAACGCCAGUAUAAUAUGCGCAUAUCAGGCUUCUCCACCGACGACCUCCGCACCGUCAAGAAACCCCAGCCUACGCAAGGGUGGACUCAGAAGAUGUCGGCCAUCCAAGCAGCCAAAGUCACUCAAGGCAAGGCAGAGUAA